AAGCAAUAGCAAGACCGACGACGACAAAACCCAAAAAUGUCUACUCCAAGUGACAUCCUACCCUAUCAAAACGCCAGUCUCUCAAUUGAAGACCGUUUGAACGAUCUUAUCCAGCGAAUGACGGUGGAUGAGAAAGCUGCCCUGCUAUUUCAAGACAUGAUCAUCAUGGGCAAAGACGGAACCCUAGCACCUGCAGUCGCACAAUUCGACAUGCUAAGCAACAUGGAUCUCAUUCAUCAAAAACAAAUGACACAUUUUAAUCUGCUGGGCCCAAUAAAGGACGCCCGAGCCGCCGCCCGGUGGUAUAACAACCUCCAACGGGAGGCCCGGAAAACGCGCCUGGGCAUUCCAGUCACGAUCUCGACCGAUCCACGCAACCACUUCACCGAUAACGUGGGCACCGGCUUUGAAGCAGGCAUCUUCUCCCAGUGGCCUGAAUCGCUCGGAUUAGCGGCGCUACGGUCUGCCGAGCUCGUCGAAAAGUUCGCCGAUAUUGCUCGGCAGGAGUAUUUGGCGGUCGGGUUACGGCUGGCCUUGCAUCCUCAAGUUGACCUAGCCACGGAACCGCGCUGGGCACGUAUCAAUGCUGCUUUUGGCGAGGACGCGGAUCUGACUUCAGAACUGGUGGCUGCAUACAUCCGAGGCUUCCAAGGAGGAACCGUCCUGGGGCCGCAAUCUGUGUCAACGAUGACGAAGCAUUUCCCGGGCGGUGGGCCACAGAAGGAUGGGGAAGAUCCACAUUUUGCGUACGGUCGUGAACAAGUGUAUCCAGGUAAUCAAUUUGAAUAUCACUUGAAGCCGUUUAAGGCUGCGAUCGUGGCGGGCGCGGCGCAGAUGAUGCCGUACUAUGGUCUGCCAGUUGGUACGUCGUAUGAAGAGGUGGGCUUUGCCUUUAACAAAGCUCUUAUCUCGGGACUUUUGCGCGAAGAGCUAGGAUUCCAGGGCAUUAUAUGUACGGAUUGGGGGCUGGUAACAGACAAGGCGAUCCUGGGCCAAUUGAUGCCGGCGAGAGCAUGGGGCCUAGAGCAUCUCUCGCGAUCGGGCCGCAUCCAUCGCAUCAUCGAGGCUGGAUGCGAUCAGCUGGGCGGCGAGUCAUGUCCUGAGUUACUCAGUGAGCUGGUCACGAGCGGCCAGAUUACCGAGAAACGAAUUGACCAGUCGGUUUGUCGCCUUCUGCGGGAGAAAUUUUUGUUAGGCUUGUUCGACAAUCCCUUUGUGGACGAAGACGCCGCCGUGCAAAUCGUCGGCAAUGAGGAGUUCUGCAAGCUGGGUGCUGAGGUGCAACGACGUAGCUACACCUUGCUGACCAAUACCCAAAAUUGUCUGCCCUUUUGUCACACCACUCUUCAUGGAGCAAAAUUCUAUCUCGAGGGCAUUGCAGCGGCAACCUUGCAAGCACGCGGUCUGCAGGUGGUGGAAGACCCGGCAGAUGCCGAUAUUGCUUUGCUGCGUCUGAAAACUCCGUAUGAGCCUCGCCCCGGCGGUUUUGAGUCGCUGUUCCACGCAGGUUCUUUGGAGUUCAGCGAAGAAGAGAAAGCCCGUCAAUCCAAGAUUUUCGGUACAGUGCCUACGGUCGUUGUUGAUAUCUACGCCGAUCGUCCUCCGGUAGUACCAGAGAUCAUUCAAAAGGCUUCUGCUGUGUUGUUGUCGUACGGAAGCUCUUCUGACGCCUUUUUAGACAUUGUUCUAGGCAAUUAUAAGCCAGAAGGUAGAUUGCCCUUUGAUCUGCCUUCAUCCAUGGAGGCAGUUCAGCAGUCAAGAUCAGAUACUCCUUACGAUACUCGUGACCCUCUCUUCCGGUUUGGUCACGGUAUUCAGUACGGCGCUUGA